CUCGAAUUUAUCUUGUUUUGGUAAAAUCGAGUGGUUUCCUGGGUUUGGUUUCUUCGAUUUCUUCCACUGUGCACGCUCUGCUUCAGAUCCAAACAAGAUCAGUAAUUUUGAGUAUCUAAUGCAAUUCAAUACACUGGCUGAGCCUAGUUAUAAUGAUAUAACUUCAGAGAGUUUGGAUCUUUCAAAUCCUUCUUCUUAUCGAGAUCUUUCAAAGCCUGUUGGUGCACUGAACCCAGAUCGUCUGAAAAAAUUUCAAGAGAGAUAUGCUAGCUUUGAUGAUCCAGUUAUCCCCAAAUUCCAUUAUGGAUCACACUACUCAAGUGCAGGAACAGUCUUAUAUUACCUUGUUAGAGUUGAACCUUUCACCACCCUUGCAAUCAAAUUACAAGGCGGAAAUUUUGAUCAUGCAGAUCGGAUGUUUUCUGAUAUUUCUGGUACUUGGAAUGGAGUUCUUGAGGAUAUGAGUGAUGUAAACGAAUUGGUUCGUGAGCUAUUUUACCUCCCCGAAGUCCUCACUAAUGAAAAUUCAAUUGAUUUUGGUACAACGCAGUUGGGAGGAAAACUUGAUAUUGUAAGACUUCUAGCUUGGGCUGAGAAUCCAGUUGAUUUUGUGCACACGCAUAGGAUGGUUCUGGAGAGUGAGUAUGUAUCUGCUCAUUUACAUGAAUGGAUUGACCUCAUAUUUGGGUAGGUCUUUUUAAGACUUUUCAGUUUCUCGUCCUACUUUUGCUGUUUGCAGUAAAGUCGUGCACCUACUUCAAAGCUUCCUCUUGUUUAUUUUCACUUGUACACAAUAUUUUCAAGAGUGAUUCAUUGCCAUUAUGUUUAAUCUGUUUCAUUCUUUCCAUGUGUGUAAGGGAAAGCUUUAUACCUUUACCAGCUUAGGUUUUCAUAAUGUAAAUGAAAAUCUGAACUGGCAGUGUGUACCUGCAUUCAUAGAAUUUGCGUGUAGCUUAGGUGUGCAAAUUUUUAUUGUUUGAGUAUCUUGUGAACUUGCAUUCUUUUAAGUUUAUAUAUAUAUGAAGUUUUUGAAAGCUUUUCCAUACUGAUGAACUUUUUCUGCUUGGUCAUGCUGUUGCAGAUGACAUAACUGAAAGUUUAGAAUAGAUUUAAUACUGAUCACAGUGAUAAGUAUUUCAAAACCUAUUGCUUCUACAGAUUAUAAGCUUCAUUUUAUUUAUUGAUUGAAUAUAUAAUUUGACUUUUAAAAAAAAAUUUAAAACUAUUUUCUGCAAUUCAAUGUAAUUAAAGAGAAAAUAUUUUAAAAAUCACUGUAGAACUUUGCGGCGGUUUUUAACCGCCGCAAAAUAGAGGCGGAAUGAAUUACAGACUCUGCGGCGGUUAUUCCAACGCUUGGAAAUAAGCGCCGCAGAACGGCCCCCGACGCUCGUAACUGCGGCGCUCGUGUAAACGCCUCAUUAUACAUUUUGCGGCGGUUUAAACCGCCGCAAAAUGCUUCCAGAAGCGCCGCAAAAUGCUUUUUUUUUUUGUAGUGUGUGGUGUUGGGGUGGAGUCUUGUGACCAUCUUGUGUUUUCUUGCCCGGUGGCGAUGGACAUUUGACGUGGAUGCUAUGGGUGGAUGGGGAUACUAACAGCGCUUCCAAGGGCACCCAUGAUCAUCUUCUUCAGUUUAACUUUGCCUGGACCAAAAGACAAAAGAUUGGAGCAUUUUCCAUUUGGUUAGGUACUGUGUGGUCAACUUGAUUGGUGCGUAAUGACGUAAUUUUCAGGGUCGGUGAGGUACAAAUUUCGAUAGUUUUAAUUUCGGUAGUUUUAGGAGGGUUUUCUUGUUCGCUGUUUGAGUGGUCUAUGCAACCGCUUCUUUGCUUACGAGAACUAUAAUGUGUUACUGGUUUGGCUCUCUAUCUGCUGGGUUCGGUGGCUUAUGGCAGCUGGAUCACAUAAUAGGUGUGGGUUUUGGUGGCGAAAUUGUUGUUUCUUCUUGUGGCCACAAAUGCUUUUCUUGUUGCUUGUGUUCUCUGGUAGCAACACGGGUUUUUGGUGCUGCCAUUAGUGGUGGGGGUUGGCCGUUUGCUUUAAGUUUGGAUUAGUUGGGUUUCUUGCCUUUGUUCUUGUUUCUUGUUUUUUUUUCUUGUUCUUUGUAUUUGUAUUAUGGGUUUGGAGUACCUCUUGUACUCCCUUUAAUGCAAUUUUUGGCUUAUAAAAAAAAUGUAAUAGUAGUUUACAAUACAAGUAA